ACCACCACCACCACUUCCACUACCACCACCACCACCACCGCCUUCGGCACGCGCCGCGCAGCCCAAAACCCCGCCUUCCAAGCCAAGCUCACACAAAUGUCGCUCCAACUCGCCCCGCUCGUCCAACUCACCACAGGCACGAUCCACCCGGCCUUCCCGCGGACCUUGCUCGCCUUCUGGCUGCUGACCGACGACCAGCUCGACGCCCUCGCCCACUUCUACCACCAGCGCACCCCCUGCCGCUGGACCCGCCAGUACCCGUGCCCCGUGGCCUGGCCCCCCGGCUUGGGGCUGGAGGAGAAGAGGCGGAAGCUGGGGCGGUUUAUCGGGCUGCGGGGGUGUGAGACGCCGAUUGGGGAGCUGAUUGAGAGGGGGGUGGUGGAGGUGCUGGGGAGGACGGAGGCGGAGAUUUUGGAGGCGGCGAGGAGGGAGAGGGAGGAACGCGGGGGUGGGAAUGGGGGUGGUGGGGAUGGGGAUGAGGUGGAGGAGGUGAGGAGUAAGAUGGGGUGGUAUUGAGGUUUGGAGUGUUGGGUGUUGGGGUUUCUUUUUUUGUUUAUGGAUGGAUGGCAUCUUAAAGUGAGCGAGCGUGGUUGUUGGUGUUGUUCGUGUUGGCUUGGAGAUGGGAUGCAUCAAUCACGGUUAGCGAUGGCUAGUGGUAAAAAAGGGUUGAUUUUCAAACCCCCCAAAAAUAACGGAG